AUGCGGGUCUCCUACGCUUGCGUGUUCCUUCUCUUGGCCUUGGCCUGCUCCAGCGCGCUUGGAGCUUGUGUGAAACCGACCAUCUCGCAGUCGAGACAGACCUCGUGGACCGAUGGCUUGGGCGUCACCUACUCCGUGUGGAGCGCCUCCAUCGCCACCGGCUCCAACACCAUCUCAUCCCUCAUUCUCUCCAUCGACCCGGCGGCCAACUCUGCCCCCAUCGACAACAUCUGGGAACUCGUGCCCAAGCCUGGGAACCCUUCGCUGUACGAGCUGCCGCAGUGGCGCCAGCAGAACGGAGGCAUUGCGGCGGGCCAGAGCCACAACUUCGGUUACACCAUCAGGUCGGCCCAGGCGGCGCCUUUCCAGGUCUCCAGCUGGAACUGCCCCGGCGAGGCCAACCCGUCGGCCUCGGCCUCGCCCUCUUCGCAACCCUCCAACCCGUCGGCUUCUCCCUCGUCGCAGCCUUCGCCUUCUCAGCCGCCUCAGAACACCGGCGCUGUGUGUCAGUCUGUGUUGGUUGUCGACAACUGGGUCAGGCGCAACCUGCCCGGCAUGACCCUGGAGCAGAUCGCCCAGAAGUAUGCCUUGUACUGGGCCGACAUCAACAAGUUCUACGACAUCCACUUCGGCAUCAACCUCAACCUGACCUACGUCCACGUCGAGGACGGCUCGUCGUUCACCGAGACCCUCGACGGCCAGGAGCUCCUGGACAGCUUCACCAACGGCCUGCGCGCCGGCGUCUUCGCAGGCGUGCCCAGUGGCGCUUGCCUUUACCACCUCAUCACGGGCCGCAACCCUUACGGCGUCGGCGGCCUGGCCUGGGUCAAUGCCGCCUGCGCGUCCAACUUCGGUGCCACCGGCUUCUCGGUCGACGGCCAGGGCGACGACGAGGGCAACAGUGUCAUCGGCUUCGCCAUCCACGAAAUUGGCCACAACCUGGGCGGCAACCACCCUGACGCCUAUCCGGCUUCGGCUGGCUACACCUGCUCGACCAACGAGGAUCACCAGUACCUGAACCCCCUCAACUUCAUCUCGGACUGCGCGACUCAGUCGAUCAAGUCAGCGCUGCCGGCGUUCAGCUGCAUGUGGUCCCUGGAGGCCAACAGCCGCGUCUCCCCCCAGGCCAUCUUCUGCAACGAGGAGAACGCCGAGGGCGAUUGUCUCACGGUGGCGGCGCACUACGGCACGGAGCAGUGCUACAACAUUCUGCCCUUCAACGACGCCGCGUCGUCCUUCCAGCUGUUCGCCGGCACCACGGGCGCCGUCGGUCUGCAGCUGUUCUACGAUCUGGACUGCUUUGGCAACAGCGUCGAGGUGCGCCAGUUCUACGCCCCGAGCAUGCCUGCGGGCUUCAACAACCAGGUCACCUCCUUCAAGUUCAUCAUGCAGUAA